AUGGCGCUGCUGUUGCUGCUGCUGUCUGGCCGGCGUUGCUGCGGCGGCGGCGGCUUGCGUUUAGGACUUCGCCGACCUCCUGUACCCGCUGCUUCCCUUCACCGGGCUUCACGCCCACCGGAACCUCCCCGGUGGCCGGCCCAGAGACUUCCAGUAUGCCGUUUUUCUUCAAAAGCAAACUCAAACAAGCUUACCUCUGCUUUGGUUUCAAAAAUCAAAUACCUGAAUCAGAAGUAUGAAAGAUAUUUGGAAAGGAGAUUCCCACGUUUCUAUCAGCUGUAUUCAACAUUUUUAAAAGGCUUACAGGUUUUCUUUUCAGAAGCAAAAGAAAUAAGAAAAAUAAAGGCAGAUAUGUCAAAUAAAAACAUCCAGUUCCAUCAACUUCCAUACAGGGAAAUGGAGAGACUAAGACAGUUUCGCAGAGAUCUUAUUAAAGCCAUUCCUGUUGGGAUUCUCUCUCUUCCACCCUUCGCCAACUAUUUCGUUCUUUUGCUUAUGUAUUUAUUCCCAAGACAGCUCUUAAUACGCCACUUCUGGACUCCUAAACAACAAGCUGAGUUUCUGAACACUUACCACAAUAUGAGGAGGGAGGCAUAUACUGAAGUGAUUGAUGGACUAACACAUCUAUCUCACUUCCUAGAUGAUCCUCAGCUUCGCCAACGGAUGCUCUAUCUCUGCGAAAAGGUUCAGGAAGGAUUUCAUCCAGAUGUAACAGAACUUAAAGCUGUGAGGACUUUAUUUGUGGGGCAUCCCUUUGGUAUCCAACAGCUCACGGUUCAGCAUGUGAAAGUUCUCAGUCGUGUUUUGUUCCUGACGCCUCGCCUGCCGUCUUUCUUCCUGAGAAAUCGCUUGAGGAGCCAUCUCUCUGAGCUGCAUUAUCUGGACCAAGCAAUGGUGAAACUAGGAGUAAGCCAGCUGACUGAAGAAGAACUGCAAGCGGCGUGCUAUACCCGUGGCUUGAAUUCCGUUCAUCUUGAUCCAGAUGAUUGUAGGGUCUGGUUGAACCAGUGGCUAUCGCUCUCCUGUUCACUAAGAGAUUCUGAGACUUCGCUCUUGGCACAUGCGAUGGUUUUACUUUCUACCAACUUCACACCUUCCUCUAAGAGCUAACCGGAAACAACCCCUUCUGGAUUAUUGAAUAUAUGCUGUAUAUUGACUUUUGGCUGAACCAGAAAGGGGAA